AUGGAAGUGGAAAAUUCGUCCAAAGGCUCCGACAUCGUCCUGUGGAGCUUUUCUCAGUCGUGUGUGAGAAUUUAGUUUUGCAGCACCUUUUCCUUUUUCAAAGUAUCAUUUUAUCACCAAAAAAAAGGAGAAAUUAUACAUAGAAAGUGUUGGGAUUCUUCAUUCCUUCAACAUUUAUUCAUAUCCACAAGAACCUAAUUUAUUCCUAUGUAUAAAUAAUAUUUGGAAAGAAAAUUUCCAUUAAGUAAAAUCAAUAGAAAAGGAGUGAACAUUUUAGUUUUAUUUUUAUUUUCUUGUAAGACUAAUCAAAGUCUUUCAGUGUAAAUUUAUUUGAAUCACCUUGACUAAGGACUUGUUCUUCAUUGUUUUCAAAAAGUGUUUUAGAAAUUAUCAGAUUUUCCUUAAAAAUGGUUGCUGUAGCAAUAAAAGUUUAGUAGUGAUAAAAUAAAAGAAAAUUCUUCCACACACACUCGAGAUUAAUUCUAAGGGCAGUUAAUAUAGUGUGAAAAAAAUUGUAUAAAAAGAAUGUUGAAAGUGUAAAUUCCAUUCCUGUCUUCCGUGUUACAUAAGGAUAUUUGACAUCAUCCCCAAGAGUGAUAUAGCAUCUCAAUGGCGAAUAUCUAACCUUUCAUGUGAAAAAAUGUGAUAAUGUCUUUUACGUAAAAUCACGAAAAAGUCUUCCAUUAUUCGACCAUUACCCUCUGAGGUAAUAUAACUCAACAAGAAAAGUUCAGGACCAUCCUUUUGGACUGGUUGAAGCGACGAAAGCACAAGCUUUUUUUCUGGUACCGAAAGCAAGCACCAAAAAUCAAUAAGGAUGUCGUUCCUUAAUCAAUUGCGCUCCGUACCACUUCCGCCAUUGAAGAAUGUCCUUAACGUGGCGAUGCAGACGGCGCGCCAAACGAUGCCGGAUGCUGGAAAGAGAGCAGACUACCAGGAGCCAUCUCAAGGAGGAAUCCACGGAGGAGCCCCUCCGCCCAUUCCAGCACGACCACAGAGUGUUCGUUUUGCAGAUAGUGAAGGUGUUGGGGAGACACAUGAAUUAAAUCCUUUUGGAAAUCCUCGAGACUUCGUCCAGAAUGGUAGUGGUGAAGGUGGUGGUGGUGGCUACAAUCCAUUUACUCAGACAGCCGACACUUCCUUCACCGGUGACUACGAAGGAGGCUACCAGCAGGAAGGCGGUUUUGGUCGGCAGGGCAGUAUUGGUGGAUCGUCAGAGAGUUCAUUCGCAUGCGAAGGCGAAGGACGUUCUGAUGUGAAGAUUAACGAAUUCCAGGCCGCUUGGAAUGUUACAAACGCCAUCCAAGGCAUGUUCAUUGUGUCGCUUCCCUUUGCUGUCCUCAGGGGUGGAUACUGGGCCAUAAUAGCAAUGAUAGGCGUUGCACAUAUUUGUUGCUACACGGGAAAGAUUCUCGUUCAAUGCCUGUAUGAGCCUGAUCCGCAAACCGGUGAACCUGUUCGAGUCCGGGACAGUUAUGUAGGAAUUGCUAAGGUGUGCUUCGGACCAAAGUACGGUGCAAGAGCAGUAAAUCUAGCCCAGAUUAUAGAAUUACUAAUGACUUGCAUUCUAUAUGUGGUUGUAUGUGGUGAUCUAAUGGCGGGUUCAUUUCCCGAGGGUGCUCUCGAUUCUCGCUCAUGGAUGAUGCUUGUGGGGAUAUUCCUGUUACCACUUGGCUUUCUAAAAUCUCUCCAUAUGGUAUCAUUGCUAAGUUUUUGGUGCACAAUGUCUCAUCUCGUGAUCAAUGCCAUUAUCUUGGGGUACUGCCUCCUCGAAAUAUCUGAUUGGGGCUGGAGCAAGGUCAAAUGGAGUAUUGACAUGGAAAAUUUUCCAAUAUCACUCGGUGUCAUUGUCUUUUCAUACACAUCUCAGAUCUUUCUGCCCACCCUAGAGGGUAACAUGAUCGAUAGGUCCAAAUUCAACUGGAUGCUCGAUUGGUCUCACAUUGCAGCAGCAGCCUUCAAGUCCAUCUUUGGCUACAUCUGCUUCCUGACCUUUCAGAACGAUACCCAGCAAGUCAUAACGAACAACCUUCAUUCAGCUGGAUUCAAAGGGCUGGUAAAUUUCUUCCUGGUCAUCAAGGCCGUUCUCAGCUAUCCCCUACCCUACUAUGCUGCAUGUGAACUCCUCGAGCGCAAUUUCUUUCGUGGAAAGCCCAAGACACCAUUUCCCACAAUUUGGGCUCUCGAUGGAGAACUGAAGGUCUGGGGCCUAGCAUUUCGUGUGGGUGUCGUGACGGUUACCAUCCUCAUGGCAUGUUUCAUUCCUCAUUUUCAAAUACUAAUGGGCUUCAUUGGCAGCUUCACUGGAACUAUGUUGAGCUUCAUUUGGCCAUGCUACUUCCACCUGAAACUCAAGGGUCACCUGAUGGACCAGCGUGCUAUCGCCUAUGACUAUUUCAUUAUCUUCCUAGGCGUCCUCUUUACUGUAAUUGGCAUUUACGAUUCGGGCAAUGCCCUAAUUGAAGCAUUCGAAAUUGGUCUACCCUUCUAAGUCAUCCUCCAAUGGGCGAGAACAUACCAAAUCUCACCGAAUCCAUAUCAAUUUCUUAAACAUAUUUACAACAAGAACCUAAUCCAUGUCUUCCACUUGUUGGUAAUAUAUUUCUUUUUUUUUUAUAUUUAUGGUAAUAGUCCAUGGCUUUAGCUUACCUCAGUUGAAUAAUUUUAAUAUCUCAAGUCCUAUUUCUAACAUGAAAUUUCUUAGAUUAGGGCAAUAUCUUAUAAAAGAAAAUAAAUCAGAAAGCAAAAAUUUAAUUUUCGAAAUUUAGAAAUCAAUAAAUUAAAUAGUAGAAUUAAUUAUUCAUUGAUCAAAUGAUAAUGACAAUAAAGUUACAACAUAAGAAAUAUUAUAUACAAAA